AUGCCUCGCAAGCGUAAAUCAGAUUUAACGCGUAGCUCUUCAAGAGCUCGAGCCGCGAGAGUAGCUAGAACUCAAGAAUCUGAAGAGCAGACUCAAGCAAGGCAGAUUUUAGACGCCGAGCGUCACGCAGCUGCAAGGGCUACCGAGACCGUAGAACGGACUCAAGCCCGACAGCAUUUAGACGCCGAGCGACAUGCGUCUCUUAGAGCGUCCGAAACUCUAGAACAAGCUCAGGUCCGGCAAAUCUUAGAUGCGGAGCGUCACGCAUCUUAUAGAGCCACCGAGACCUUAGAACAAACUCAGACUCGGCAAAUUUUAGAUGCGGAGCGUCACGCAUCUCUUAGAGCCAAUGAGACCUUAGAGCAAACUCAGACUCGGCAACUUUUAGAUGCCGAGCGUCACAGAUCUCUUAGAGCCACUGAGACCUUAGAACAGACUCAGACCCGGCAACUGUUAGAUGUCGAACGUCACGCGUUUCUUAGGGCAACCGAAACAUUAGAGCAGACUCAGACCCGACAAUUUUUAGACGCCGAGCGUCACGCGUCUCUUAGAGCCACUGAGACUUUAGAGCAGACUCAGGCCCGGCAACUUUCAGAUGCUGAGCGUCACGCGUCACGCAUAACUGCAGAGACUCACGAAGAGUCACAAAGGCGGCGAGACAUUAAUGCUGAACGACAAGCAGAAAGAAGACGCGCACUUACGCGUAGCACGUGGCAGGCGUUUCACGAUGCCGCGUUUGAUUAUGAUCCACUGAUUGACUACGUCAACCAACGAUUAGUUAUAAUUGGGAAAAUGGAUCAAAAAUGUAGAUAUUGCGAAGCACUAAAAUGGAAAGAAGAAACUCCUGGUAUGUGUUGUUCUGGGGGAAAAAUCUCGCUUCCAUCACUUGGUGUGCCAGAAGAACCACUUAAGACUCUACUUUUGUAUGACUGCGACGAAUCACGCCGCUUUUUAAACAAAAUAAGAAAAUACAAUUCGUGCUUUAGAAUGACUUCAUUUGGUGUUGACAGAGAAGUUGUAAUGCCUGGAUUUUCACCUACUUUCACUAUACAAGGACAAAUCUACCACAGGAUUGGUUCUCUGCUUCCAGCGAGUAAUGAAGAGCAUAAAUUUUUACAGGUUUAUUUUAUGGGGGACGAAGACAACGAGGCCGACCGUAGGUGUCAAAAUAUUCAAGGGGUUGAAAAGGAAACUGUUUUGAAAAUUCAAAGAAUGCUGCAUGAACAAAAUCGCCUUAUCAACACUUUCAAAACUGCAUUAGAGAGACUACCGGGGGAAGAAUAUAAGUUAGUGAUGCAUCCAGACCGUACGCCCAGUGGAGAACAUGAGAGACGAUAUAACACGCCACUAAUAAAUGAAGUUGCAGCCAUGGUUUUAGGUGAACAGUUUGCUACCCGCGAUAUAGUUGUGCACGCCCGUAAUGAUAUAUUAGCCAGAGUCCCUGAUACCCAUAAAUUUUAUGACGCUUUGCAAUAUCCAAUUAUGUUUAGCAAAGGACAGGAAGGGUAUAACUUUCAAAUACAACAAGUAAAUCCUAUAUCAGGCCUCUCCUUGCCCAACAAAAAAGUUUCAUGUAUGGAUUUUUAUGCCUACAACAUGAUGAUACGGGAAGACGAUUUUAAUAUAAUACCACGAUGCAGACAACUAGCCAAUCAGUUUUAUGUUGAUAUGUACGUGAAGGUUGAAAGCGAACGAUUGCGAUAUAUAUCACUAAAUCAGAGUAAAUUAAGGGCCGAAAAUUACAUCCAUCUUCAAGAUGCUGUAGCAAAUGACGCGAAUGUGAAUCCCAACAAUUUAGGUAGGAUGACCAUUCUACCCUCCUCAUUUGUGAAUAGUCCAAGAUAUUUACACGAAUACACCCAGGAUGCAUUUGCUUAUGUGCGCACACAUGGUCGCCCUGAUUUAUUCGUUACAUUCACAUGUAACCCGGCUUGGCCGGAAACAGUCAACGAAUUAAUGCCGGGACAGAGUGCAAUUGAUAGACAUGAUAUAGUUGCAAGAGUUUUUCGUUUGAAAGUUAAAAAACUAAUGUCAGUUAUUACCAAGGGAAAAAUAUAUGGAGAAGUGUUGUGUUAUAUGUAUUCCAUAGAAUGGCAAAAGCGUGGAUUACCCCAUGUCCACAUAUUGCUUUGGUUGAAAGACAAGUUGAGACCCAACCAAAUUGACGACAUUAUCAGCGCCGAAAUACCGGAUCCAGACAGUGACAAGGUUCUUCAUGAUAUUAUUGUCAAAAAUAUGAUUCACGGUCCAUGCGGUCCUGCGAAUCCACAGUGCCCUUGCAUGAAAGACGGUAGAUGUACUAAAAAAUUUCCAUUCAAAUUACACUCAGAGACAGUUCACAAUGAAAACGGAUACCCCAUGUAUCGUAGACGAGCGCCAGCAGACGGAGGUCGAACGGCAACUGUAAAACUUCGAAAUGGUAGUUAUGCUACUGUUGAUAAUAGUUGGGUGGUUCCCUAUUCGCCUAUUUUGUCAAAAAUGUUUAAUGCCCACAUCAAUGUAGAGGUUUGCAGUUCAGUGCGUGCGAUUAAAUAUAUCUGUAAAUACAUAAAUAAAGGCAGCGAUCAAGCUAUUUUCAAUUUUAGAAGCACAGAGCACGCAAAUCCCGUAGAUGAAGUACAAACGUAUCAGUCCGGUCGUUAUGUCAGCAGCAACGAGGCCGUGUGGCGGCUGUUGGGAUUUCCACUACAUGAAAGGCAUCCUACUGUUACGCACCUUGGUGUGCACUUAGAAAACGGUGAACGAGUUUAUUUUACGGAAAAUAAUUUCCAUGACCGAGUGUCAACUCCACCUAAAACCACGCUCACCGCUUUUUUUGAACUAUGCGCAAGGGAUGACUUUGCAAAAACUCUUCUGUAUGUUGAUGUGCCAAGAUAUUACACCUGGAAUGCAACAAGAAAAGAAUGGAAACGCAGAGUUCAAGGAACUUCUGUUCAGAAUUGGCCCGGUGUUAAAUCUGGUGAUGCUCUAGGUAGAGUUUACACGAUCCAUGUGAGCAACAUGGAAUGCUAUUGUUUGAGAAUGCUGCUACAUCAUGUGCGAGGGCCUACGUGUUUCAAAGAUCUCAAAAAACACAAUGAUCAGGAAAUGUCAACAUUUAGAGAAGCAUGUGAGGCUAAAGGUUUAUUGGAGAAUGACAAUCAUUGGGAUGAAACACUGGAAGAGGCCGUACAAUGUAGAUCAGCAGCCAAGGUGAGAGAGCUUUUUGCUAUUUUAAUAGCGACAUGUGGACUGUCGAAUCCUCAGCAAUUGUGGGACAAGUACAGAAAUGAUAUGUCAGACGAUAUAUUAUAUAGACUGCAAGAAAAUAAUCCCAAUGUCACAUACAUUGAUUCUAUUUAUGACGAAGCCCUAACAAAGAUUGAAGACCAAGUGAUAACUAUUACUGGUAAAGAUUUAUCAGAUUUUGGGAUGAGUAGACCACGUAGGACAGGGCAAGUUUGUAGUGAUGUGUUACGCGAACUAAAUUAUGACCAUGCUUUUUUACAACAGCAAAUAACGGAGUCCGUUCCACGUUUGAACCCAGAACAAAGAAAUGUCUUUAAUAGUGUGGUGCAAAAAAUCGAAAACGGCGUAGGUGGUUUGUUUUUUCUUGAUGCUCCUGGAGGCACUGGCAAAACAUUUCUUUUAAAUCUCCUUCUUGCUCAAAUCCGAAAAGAUAAGGGAGUUGCUAUUGCAGUAGCGUCCUCUGGCAUUGCCGCCACACUGCUCAGUGGUGGCCGGACAGCACAUUCAGUACUCAAGCUUCCUUUAAACUUAGCUCAUGAAGAAAUGCCAGUUUGCAAUAUAAGUAAAAAUAGUGAGCGCGGAAGAAUGUUGCAGCAAUGUAAGUUGUUGGUUUGGGAUGAAUGUACUAUGUCUCACAAGAGAGCAGUCGAAGCAUUAAACCGGACAAUGCAAGACAUAAAAAACAACAGAAGUAUUAUGGGAGGGAUGGUUGUUCUUUUGGCUGGUGAUUUCAGACAGAUUCUACCCGUGAUAACUAGAGGUACACCGGCAGAUGAAAUAAACGCAUGUUUGAAGGCCUCUACGCUAUGGGCGCAUGUGCAAAAAUUUAGUCUGACUAUAAAUAUGAGAGUACAACUGCACAACGAUUCACAAUCGGGGCUGUAUGCGGCCACUCUCCUGAAAAUUGGUGAAGAUCGUAUGGCCACAGACAUUAACGGUAUGAUCACACUAAAUCACGAAUUCUGUAAUAUUGUUGGCAGCACUGACGAUCUAAAAAACAACGUAUAUCCUGAUCUGCGGACUAAUAUGGGAGACCAAGAAUGGUUGUGUGAAAGGGCAAUUUUAGCACCAACGAACGAAAUUGCUGGACAGAUUAAUGAAAAUAUUAUGUCAGAAGUGGUAGGUGACGUCGUGGAAUAUCUCUCUGUAGAUAAUGUAAUGGAUACAGAACACGUAACAUCAUACCCUGUCGAGUUUCUUAACUCUCUAGAAUUAUCAGGCGUGCCUUCCCAUAACCUGAGGUUGAAAGUUGGUGUCCCCGUUCUAUUAAUGCGUAAUCUUGAUGCACCUCGGCUAUGCAACGGCACUCGAUUGCAAAUUACGCACUUGGGGAAAAACAUCGUUAAAGGAACAAUUAUGACCGGAACGGCAAAAGGAGAAAAUGUUCUGAUUCCACGUAUUCCCAUUAUUCCAACAGACUUGCCGUUCCAGUUUAAAAGAGUGCAGUUCCCUUUAAAACCCGCCUUUGCAAUGACUAUAAAUAAAAGUCAAGGGCAGACACUGAAGACUCUUCAUGGAAAAAUAACCUCCAAGAAUCAAAGGCAUUAUGACACCGACUACUACUUAGAUGCGUAUGCGCAUAUUAUAGUCCUUUAA